CUGCAGUAUUAAUUCUAGAAUUGAAAAUGAUGUUUUUCAGCAGCUUUGGGAAUAUUUCACUCAAUUUGGGAAAGUGGUACGAGUUCGUGUAUCACGAAGCUUGAAGACGGGUAAUUUCAAAGGAUGGGCGUACGUUGGUUUUGCGGAUAAAGAAGUGGCCGAAAUCGCGGCAGAAACGAUGAAUGGAUAUUUGAUGUUUGAGAAGAGGCUUAGUUGCCGUGUACGUUCUAACUUCCAUCUCAUUGCCAGUUGUUUAAUUUUUUAA